AUGGGCUCUUCAGAACAGUCCAACGACGGACUCGUCCAGUUCGGAUCGGCGUUGAAGAAAGAGUUCCCGUUCGAUCCCGAGUUUCGCAACCUCAAUCACGGAUCCUUCGGCGCUGCCCCUCGCGCAGUCCACGCCAAGGUCCAAGAAUACAGGGCCCGCGCCGACGCCGUCCAAGACAUCUUCCUCCGCUACGAAUACCCCCGCAAACUCGACGACGCCCGCGCCGCCGUCGCCCAACUCGUCAACGCCCCGCUCGACACCGUCGUCUUCGUCCCCAACGCCACCACCGCCGUCAACGUCGUCCUCCGCAACCUCGUCUGGGACGCCGACGGCCGGGACGAGAUCCUCUGCUUCUCCGUCAUCUACGGCGCCUGCGGCAAGACCGUCGACUACGCCGUCGACUCGGCCCGGGGCCUGGUCUCCAGCCGCUCCGUCGACCUCGCCUACCCGCUCGAGGACGACGACAUCGUGCAAGCCUUCCGGGACGCCGUGGCCACGUCGCGCGCCGAGGGCAAGCGGCCCCGCCUGGCCAUCUAUGAUGUUGUCGUCUCCCAGCCGGGCGUGCGCUUCCCCUUUGAGGAACUGACGAGGGCGUGUCGCGAGCUGGGCGUCCUCAGCCUGAUAGACGGCGCCCAGGGCAUCGGGAUGCUGCCGCUGGACCUCGCCGCGCUGGACCCGGAUUUUUUCGUCUCCAACUGCCACAAGUGGCUGCACGUCCCCCGGGCGUGCGCCUUGUUCCACGUCCCCGUCCGGAACCAGCACCUGCUUACCUCGACCCUGCCCACGAGCCACGGGUACCGGUCGCAGGGCGCCGCGCGGGCGAACCCGCUGCCGCAGGACGGGGCCAAGCCGGCUUUUGUGAGCAAUUUCGAGUUCGUCGGCACCCUGGACAACGCUGCGUACCUCGCCGUCAAGGACGCGCUGGAGUGGCGCGAGAACGUCCUGGGAGGCGAGCGGAGGAUCAUCGAGUACCUGUGGACGUUGGCCAAGGAAGGGGGCAGCAAGGUGGCCGACAUCCUGGGCACGCAGGUCCUGGACAACAAAAAGGGCACCCUGACCAACAAUGCCAUGGUCAACAUAUUCCUCCCCAUCAAGACGAGUCCGGAUGCUGUCGCGCCCUCCUCGGGGUCUGACGGAUACGUUGUCCUCCCUUCGCAGGAUGCCGCCCAGGCCGUCACUUGGAUGCUCUCCAAGUUGAUGGAUGAGUACAAGACUUUUAUUCCCAUCUGCUGCCAUGCGGGGAAGUGGUAUGUCCGGCUCAGCGCCCAGGUCUAUCUCGAUACGGAGGACUUUGCAUGGGCUGGACGUGUUUUGAAAGAGCUGUGUGAAAGGGUUGGCAAGCACGAGUAUAAGGAUGUGUAG